AUGUCUUUGCUCUUUAAUAAGAUUGCCCGUAUCUCCACCUCUUUACCAAAAGCACACACAUUUUCCAGAAUGGUCACCACUAUCACCUCUACCAACGCUCCUCCAGCAGCAGGGCCUUAUUCUCACGCUGUCAAAGCCAAUGGAUUUGUCUACGUUUCGGGCCAAAUUCCUUACACUCCCGAAGGAAAGCCAGUAGAAGGCACUAUCGGCGAUAAAGCUGCUCAAUGUUUGAAGAAUGUCGUAGGAAUCCUCAACGAUUCUAACUCUUCAUUGGAAAACAUCGUCAAGGUCAAUGUUUUCUUAACUGACAUGGCCAACUUUGGAGCUUUCAAUGAGGCCUACACCAAAGUUUUCAGCUCUCACAAACCAGCAAGAUCUUGUGUUGCUGUUAAGCAAUUGCCGUUGGGUGUGGAAGUCGAGGUUGAGGCAAUUGCCGUCGAGAAGCAAUAA